AAUGUACACGAUGAAGCACGCCCACACCUAAGCCGGUGCAAGCUCGAUCGCACACUUCAGUAGUUCCCUACACGCAGUACGUGCUGCUUCUCUAGCAGCGUAUACCUAACACAUCGUCGUCACCGCCGUACUCUCUCACUCACGCGCGGUCCGCCGGCGAUGGCGGGUAGGACGUUCGUGGACGCUGCGGUGCGCGCCAUGCAGGAGUACGUGCGGGUGUCCGACCUGGCCCUAGCCGCCGCGGUGCUCUUCGCGUGCAACGCCGCCACGACCCGCCUGAAGUCGCGGGGCAGACCCAUGCUGUGGCCGGUGUUCGGCAUCAUCCCCACCCUCUUCGCACACCUCGACAACAUCUACGACUGGGGCGCCGCCGCGCUAGCUCGCUCCGGGGGCACGUUCCCGUACCGCGGCAUGUGGGGCGGGGGCUCCUCGGGCGUCAUCACGUCCGUGCCGGCCAACGUCGAGCACGUGCUUAAGACCAACUUCUCCAACUACCCCAAGGGGCCCUACUACCGCGAGCGAUUCGUGGAGCUGCUCGGCGACGGCAUCUUCAACGCCGACGGCGAGGCGUGGCGCGCGCAGCGCCGCGCCGCCACGGCUGAGAUGCACUCGGCGCAGUUCCUCGAGUUCUCGGCCAGGACCGUCGAGCAGCUGGUACACGGCCGGCUGAUGCCGCUGCUGCAGCAGCAGCAGAGCCAGGGUGGCGUGACCGUGGACCUCCAGGACGUCCUCCUCCGGUUCACGUUCGACAACAUCUGCGCCGCAGCGUUCGGGGUGGACGCCGGGUGCCUCGCGGACGGCCUCCCCGACGUGCCGUUCGCGCGCGCCUUCGAGCGCGCCACGGAGCUCUCCCUCGCCCGGUUCGUCACGCCGCCCUUCGUCUGGAAGGCCAAGCGGCUCCUCUGCGUCGGUGGCGAGCGACGCCUCGCGGAGGCCGCGCGCUCCGUGCGGGAGUUCGCCGAGCGGACCGUCUCCGAACGCCGCACCGAGCUGCGCAAGCUCGGCAGCCUGCAAGGCCGCUGCGACCUCCUCUCCCGCCUCAUGUCCUCCUCGACGGGCCACUCCGACGAGUUCCUCCGCGACUUCUGCAUCAGCUUCAUCCUCGCCGGGCGCGACACGAGCUCCGUCGCGCUCGUCUGGUUCUUCUGGCUCCUCGCGUCCCACCCCGAGGCCGAGUCACGCGUCCUUGACGAUGUGCGGGCCGCCCACGGCGACGUCAGGAAGAUGGACUACCUCCACGCGGCGCUGACGGAGUCGAUGCGCCUCUACCCGCCGGUGCCCGUGGACUUCAAGGAGGCGCUCCAGGACGACGUGCUCCCGGACGGCACGGCGAUCCGCGCGCGCCAGCGGGUGAUCUACAACACGUACGCGAUCGGACGGGACCCGGCGGCGUGGGGAGAGGAUUGCCUGGAGUUCCGCCCGGAGCGGUGGAUGAAGGGCAGGGAUUUUGCUGGCGGCGCCGAGAGCCCGUUCAAGUACGUGGUGUUCAACGGCGGGCCGAGGCUGUGCGUCGGCAAGCGGUUCGCGUACACGCAGAUGAAGACUCUGGCGGCGGCGGUGCUGGAGACGUUCGCGGUGGAGGUGGCGCCCGGGCAGGUGGUGAAGCCCAAGCUCAACACCACGCUGUACAUGAAGAACGGCCUCAUGGUGAGCUUCAGGAGGAGGGAGCAGCAGCACGUCCAUUGCACCACCGUAGCUGCGCAAGAAUGAUGGAAAUCUCAUCAUGCCCUGCUUUGAACAGAAGUAAACUUAAAGGAACGGAAUGUGGUACAGAUCUCUGAAGGUUCGGUUUCAACCAUGCAGGCAAAUGUGAUCAAGACGUUCGAGACGAGUGUAUAAUUACUGCUACAUAUAUUGCCUCUACUUUUUUUAGGGAAAUAUUACCUCUACUUUAUACGUAUUUCUCUGCUCCCCUCUCCACGUAUGUGUGCUCCUUGUGCUUUUCACGAAUUAUCGCAUCCACAUGCAGCAUUGUGCAUUCCGUCAACUCGGUUCGGUAAAUACUGUUUCUCGUUAAAUAUGUUGCUAUACAUGAAUUUGGCAAAUAUUGUAUUGAUUUGGAAUUCAAUUUGAGUUUGAUAUACAGACUA